UUGCUUUCUGAAUCCUCAGGCAAGCUUUAAGAAAUCAUAAAUAGUAUAUAUCCCCACAUGUGUUAAACCAGGUAGUUUAAACAACUUACAGUUUUAAUGGUUCGAGAGGUGAGGAUGUCUGUGUACCUGGGAGAACCUUUUCCUGGUUUUUAGACAUUGCUUUCCUUCAACAUCCUUACAUGGAGGAGAAAGGGGACAGGAUAUUAUCAGUGUUCUAACCUCAUAAUCCCUACCAAAUACCUCACCCCAAAUGCUGUCCCAUUGAAGAAUACAGAUCCAGCAUAGGGGCGCUGGUGGCGCACACCUUUAAUCCCAGCACUCGGGAGGCAGAGGCAGGCGGAUUUCUGUGAGUUCAAGGCCAGCCUGGUCUACAGAGUGAGUUCCAGGACAACCUCGAAAGCAAUAUAGAGAAACCCUGUCUCAAGGGGGAAAAAAAGAUAAAUGUGCUACAGUGAUCAGAUUUAUGUAAAGAUCCAGCACAGGAUCAGGAAUAUAAACAUUAAGAGUGGGUGAAAUGGACCUUGCUAGCUUCUGUGCGAGCUGAGCAGAUCUCCAUGCACCGAGCAUCCAGAGAAUCACGCCGCACGCUGACGGAGCGGACAUGGGCAGAGUGAUGGUGGUCAGACUGGGGCUGGGGUUGCUGCUUCUGGCACUGCUCCUACGCACACAGAUUUAUUGCAGCCAAACAUCUGUUGCACCGUUUUCAAGUAACCAGAGUAUCUCUACUGCCCCAAAUCCAGCUAAUGCCACCACCAGAGCAGGUGGCAGUGCCCUGCAGUCAACAGCUGGUCUCCUCACCGUCUCACUUUCUCUCCUACAUUUCUACUGUUAGAGACUCAGUCCAAGAAACGUCUCUACUUCCCCAUCUUCUAUACCCAGCCCAAAUGGUAACCCCAAGUUCAGUGUGACCCGGAAGAAACAGGUCCACAUCAAAUCUACUAUUACCACACCUCAACAGAAAACAUUAAAACUUCAUGUGAAGGGAUUGACAGAUGAUGAAUGCUAAAACUCCAAUCCUCUGGAGUUUUAUGUUCAAGAUGAAGUGAUAGCAUCCAACGUUGACGUGAUUGCCUUGAACAAGGCUUAGGGAAUGCGGACACUUGCCCUAUCUUGAAAUCAAGCAUAGGUUUUAUGUAGAAAUGAGGAUAGGAUGUGGGAUUAAGAUUCAGUUUUCAUUGGCUCAUUACCUGUGAGGCCAUAAUACAGUUAGGUGACAUUAAAGGUUUCUCUGAUGUUAUCUAUGUAUAUGUUG